AUGUGUUUGGUAUUGUAGGAGGCGGUGGCGUUCAGGGAUGUGGCUGUGGUCUUCACGGAGGAGGAGCUGGGGCUGCUGGACGCUGCCCAGAGGCAGCUGUACCGAGACGUGAUGCUGGAGAACUUCAGGAACCUGCUCUCUGUGGGAGGCAAGAUCCAAAGUGAGACGGAGACUGUCUCAGAAGCAGAACCACAUGAAGAGCUUUCCUGCUGGCAGAUUGGGCAACAAAUUGCAAGUGACUUAACCAGCUGUCAAGACUCCAUGAUAAAGAAUUUUCAGUUCCUCAAACAAGAUGAUUCACCCGGCCAGGUUGGGGCAGGAUUAUCUAUAACUCACACAGACCAGAAACCUUACCAGUGUAAUGAAUGUAAAAAAGCCUUCAGUGAUGUCUCCAACUUUGAUCUUCAUCAACAAAUACACUCAGGAGAGAAGUCUCAUACAUGUGGUGAGUGUGGAAAAAGCUUCUGUUAUAGCUCAGCACUUCGUAUUCAUCAGAGAGUUCACUCGGGAGAGAAACGCUAUAAGUGUGAUGAGUGUGGUAAAGAAUUCAGUCAGAGCUCACGUCUGCAAACUCAUCAGAAAGUCCACACCGUAGAGAAACCAUUCAGAUGUGAGCAGUGUGGGAAAGGCUUCAGUCGUAGAUCAACACUUACUGUUCAUUGCAAAUUACACUCGGGAGAGAAACCUUACAAUUGUGAUGAAUGUGGGAGGGCCUUCAUCCACGCUUCGCAUCUUCAGGAACAUCAGAGAAUCCACACUGGGGAGAAACCAUUCAAAUGUGAUAUAUGUGGUAAGAACUUCCGUCGUAGAUCAGCACUUAAUAGUCAUUGCAUGGUCCACACGGGAGAGAAACCAUACAAAUGUGAAGACUGUGGGAAGUGCUUUACUUGUAGCUCAAAUCUUCAUAUCCAUCAGAGGGUCCACACAGGAGAAAAACCUUAUAAAUGUGAGGAAUGUGGUAAGUGCUUUAUUCAGCCUUCACAGUUUCAGGCCCAUCGGAGAAUCCACACUGGAGAGAAACCAUAUGUAUGUAAAGUGUGUGGUAAGGGCUUCAUUUACAGUUCAAGUUUUCAAGCCCAUCAGGGAGUCCACACAGGAGAGAAACCAUACAAAUGUGAUGAGUGUGGGAAGAGCUUCAGGAUGAAAAUCCAUUAUCAAGUUCAUCUGGUGGUCCACACAGGAGAGAAACCCUAUAAAUGUGAGAUAUGUGGGAAGGGCUUCCGUCAGAGUUCAUAUCUUAAAAUCCAUCUGAAGGCCCACAGUGUAGAGAAACCUUAUAAAUGUGAGGAGUGUGGGCAGGGUUUCAAUCAGAGUUCACGACUUCAGAUUCACCAGCUGAUCCAUACCGGAGAGAAACCAUACAAGUGUGAAGAGUGUGGGAAGGGAUUCAGUCGUAGAGCAGAUCUUAAAAUCCAUUGUAGAAUCCACACAGGAGAGAAGCCAUAUAAUUGUGAGGAGUGUGGGAAAGUAUUCAGUCAGGCCUCACAUCUUCUGACCCAUCAGAGAGUCCACAGUGGAGAAAAACCAUUCAAGUGUGAAGAGUGUGGCAAGAGCUUCAGUCGGAGUUCACACCUUCAAGCCCAUCAAAAAGUCCACACUGGAGAAAAGCCAUACAGAUGUGAGGAGUGUGGGAAGGGCUUCAAGUGGAGCUUGAAUCUUGACAUGCAUCAGAGGGUCCACACAGGCGAGAAGCCAUAUAAGUGUGGAGAGUGUGGUAAGCACUUCAGUCAGGCCUCAAGCCUUCAACUUCAUCAGAGUGUCCACACUGGAGAGAAACCAUACAAAUGUGAGGUGUGUGGGAAAGUCUUCAGUCGGUCUUCACAACUUCAGUAUCAUAGGCGAGUUCACACAGGGGAGAAACCUUACAAGUGUGAGAUGUGUGGUAAGAGCUUCAGUUGGAGAUCAAAUCUUGUAAGUCAUCACAAAAUUCACGUUGGAGAGAAACACUAUAAGUGUGAUGAGUGUGCUAAGGAAUUCAAUGAGAGCUCACAUCUGCAAACUCAUCAGAAAGUCCACACUGUAGAGAAACCUUUCAAAUGUGAGCAAUGUGGGAAAGGCUUCAGUCGUAGAUCAGCACUAACUGUUCAUUGCAAAGUCCACACGGGAGAGAAACCUUAUAAUUGUGAGGAGUGUGGGAGGGCCUUCAGUCAGGCCUCUCAUCUUCAGGACCAUCAACGAGUCCACACUGGAGAGAAACCAUUCAAAUGUGAUGCAUGUGGUAAGAGCUUCAGUCGGAAUUCACACCUUCAGUCCCAUCAGAGAGUCCAUACAGGAGAGAAACCGUACAAAUGUGAGGAGUGUGGGAAGGGCUUUAUUUGUAGCUCAAAUCUAUACAUUCAUCAGAGGGUCCACACAGGAGAAAAACCCUACAAGUGUGAGGAAUGUGGUAAAGGCUUUAGUCGGCCUUCAAGUCUUCAGGCCCAUCAGGGAGUCCACACUGGAGAGAAAUCAUAUGUAUGUAAUGUGUGUGGUAAAGGCUUUACUCUGAGUUCAAAUCUGCAAGCACAUCAGCGAGUCCACACAGGAGAGAAACCAUACAAAUGUGAUGAGUGUGGGAAGAGCUUCAGGAGGAACUCGCAUUAUCAAGUUCAUCUGGUGGUCCACACAGGAGAGAAACCCUAUAAAUGUGAGGUAUGUGGGAAGGGCUUUAGUCAGAGUUCAUAUCUUCAAAUCCAUCAAAAGGCCCACAGUGUAGAGAAACCUUAUAAAUGUGAGGAAUGUGGGCAGGGUUUCAAUCAGAGUUCACGACUUCAGAUUCACCAGCUGAUCCAUACCGGAGAGAAACCAUACAAGUGUGAAGAGUGUGGGAAGGGAUUCAGUCGUAGAGCAGAUCUUAAAAUCCAUUGUAGAAUCCACACAGGAGAGAAGCCGUAUAAUUGUGAGGAGUGUGGGAAAGUAUUCAGGCAGGCCUCAAAUCUUCUGGCCCAUCAGCGAGUCCACAGUGGAGAAAAACCAUUCAAAUGUGAAGAAUGUGGGAAGAGCUUUGGUCGGAGUUCACACCUUCAAGCCCAUCAAAAAGUCCACACUGGAGAAAAGCCAUACAAAUGUGAGGAGUGUGGAAAGGGCUUCAAGUGGAGCUUGAAUCUUGACAUGCAUCAGAGAGUCCACACAGGCGAGAAGCCAUAUAAGUGUGGGGAGUGCGGUAAGCACUUCAGUCAGGCCUCAAGCCUUCAACUUCAUCAGAGUGUCCACACUGGAGAGAAACCAUACAAAUGUGACAUGUGUGGGAAAGUCUUCAGUCGGUCUUCACAGCUACAGUCUCAUCAGAGAGUUCACACGGGAGAGAAACCUUACAAGUGUGAAAUAUGUGGUAAGAGCUUCAGUUGGAGAUCAAAUCUUACAAUUCAUCACAGAAUCCAUGCUGGUGAGAAAUCCUAUAAAAGUGAUAGGGGUGGUAAGAACAUCAGAGGCUCCACACAGGAAAGAAGUUCUAUAAAAUGAUU